CAAACCACUUUCAAUUUUCAAUUUCAAAGCUUUGUUGUGUUGUGUUGUGCUGUGUUUUCCACGUAAACGCCGUUAGAAUCGCUCUAUUAUCCAUCCAUCCAUUUUCCAUUCCAAUUCUCUUCCUCCUUUUUUCUCUCCCUUUUCCCUUCCCUUUCUCUUCCACUCCAAUUUUUUAGGGUUUUUCAAUCUUCCCCCAAUUUCCCAAUUCAACGUCGUCGUUUCAACAUGAUGCCCCCGGGCCUCGUUUCCAAUCUCCAAGAAGCGCUUCUCAACCGGAAAUCCCCCCAAGAACCACCGCAAGAACAACCACCGCAAUCCACCAACGACACCGCUUCUUCCGGCGAGGAGCCUCUCGAAUUUGAUCCCUCCAAGCCCAUUGUGUUGGUCACCAACACCGAUGGGGUUGAAUCCCCUGGCCUCACGCACCUCGUUGAAGCUCUUGUUCAACUAGGCCUCUACAAUGUCCAUGUCUGCGUUCCUCAAUCGGAUAAAUCAGUUUCUGGGCACUCUGUCACCUUUGGAGAAACUGUGGAAGCUUGUUCUGCCAAAGUUACUGGUGCUACAGCAUUUGAAAUUUCAGGAACUCCUGCGGAUUGUGUUUCACUAGCAUUAUCUGGGGCAUUGUUUUCGUGGUCAAGGCCUAUGCUGGUUAUUAGUGGGAUUAACCGGGGAUCAACCUGUGGUCAUCACAUGUUCUAUUCAGGGGUUGUUGCUGGAGCUAGAGAGGCAGCAUUAUCUGGUGUACCGUCAUUAUCAAUAUCAUUAAACUGGAAGAAGGAUGAAAGUCAAGAGUCUGAUUUCAAGGAUGCAGUAGCAGCCUGUUUACCAUUAAUAAAUGCAGCUAUCAGGGAUGCUGAAAAAGGAUCUUUUCCCAACAACUGCUUUAUGAAUAUAGAAAUUCCCACGUCACCCUCAAAUAACAAGGGCUUCAAAUUGACCAAGCAAAGUAUGCGGAGAUCCACACCAAACUGGCUAGCUGUUUCAACUAGCCGCUAUCCACCUGGUCAUUUCUUGGCCAAUCAACAAGGUGGCUUUGGUCUUCAGUUUGCUCAGCUUGGCCGAGAUGCUUCUGCUGCUGGUGCAGCUCGUCGAUUGACCACCCAGAAAAAGAAUUUGGAGAUAAUUGAAUCAACUGGAGCUGCAGGAAAACCUGAUUCCAACAGGGUGAAGAAAUAUUUCAGACUAGAGUUUUUGGACAAGGAGCAGGAAGAAACAGAUGACGAUCUGGACUACAGAGCACUUGAAAAUGGAUAUGUUGCUGUUACUCCACUGUCUCUUUCUCCUCAUAUUGAGACUGAUAUUCAAAUGGCAGCUUCAGAUUGGAUCUCUGCUGUACUUCCUGGUGAACAAUAAAUCAGAAGCUUAGCAUGAUUGUGUACAUCUGAGAUUUAUGAUAAUUCUUUCUUUUCAUUUCUUUUUCCCUUAAAGCAAAGAUGGAGCAGAAGCGGUAGUCACACACGACUUUCAAUAGUUCAUUUUCAAUUUGUAUUUUUUUUAAUCCUUUUUGGCUUUACAUUUUUUAGUUUUGGGUUCCCUUCUUCAUUGUUUGAGUUCCUUUGGUGAGGUAACUUUGAAGCAAAUGCUUCUUGUAAUUUCUUGGGCAUGUUUUAGAAAAAUGCCAUUUGGUCUGUUUGUAAUAGCUUAUAGCAUCCAUUACACGCAGAACACUGGAAGAGUUGUUGUAAUUUUCCCUUUCAUUUUAACUUUGGAUUUACGAUUUCUGAAAUGUUGUCUGAUAUCUAGCAGUGCUCUAAUGAAAGAAAUGGUUACACUUUAGUUUCAA